AUGACGGGAGCUCUGGAGUUUGUGGCAAUGGAGGUACAGCCGGCGGAGGAACGUGCGGUGGCGGCGACAAAGUUGCUGCAAAGUUUAGACACUGGAAGGCAACGACGUGAGUACUUGACGGAGCACCAAAGCCCUCGUGCUGAUUACACCAAGCAUGCAGAUCUGCUUUCUAUGAAGCUAGCAAGAAACACCUCGCUGCUCCCCCCAAGGAGGAAGCCCGCCGCACCUCGACGUACUCGAAGCAGCAGCGUGGGAACGACAGCGCCGGCGGCAGUGCCAAAGAGACCGGUCACGGUUACCCAAAGUUCCCAAGAGAACCGACUGCCUAGGUACUCACUGAGGGUCGUGCUCUGUGCCUACAUGAUCCUGGCUCAUCCAAGCGCGGUCUUGAGCGGGCAACGCGACGGGGAGACGCAGCUCAUGGAGUCGGUGGCCAGCUUCGUCGAGGAGUUGGAGCUGCUGACGAAGACAGUACUCGAUGGACCUUCUUCGGCUGUUCAGAGGAAGUUCAGGGACCAGUUGGCUGCUUUCGACAAGGCGUGGUGCGCGUACCUCUACCGCUUCGUGGCGUGGAAGGUGAAAGACGCGACGUUGCUGGAGGGAGACCUUGUCAGGGCCGCCUGCAAGCUCGAGCUGUCGAUGAUGCAGACGUGCAAGCUGACCGCGGACGGGCGAUCGCCGAGCAGGCUCACCCAUGAUAUGAAGGCGAUCCAGCGUGCUUUCGCUGGAAAAUCUGACAGUGCUGCUGGUCCUGCUGCCGAGAACGCCUUCCAGGAGAAAGUGAGGGAAGCCAUGGAGAAAGCGUUCUGGGAUUUGGUCACGGACUCCAUGAGAGGAGACAAACCUGAUUACAGCCAGCUGGUCAGCCUAGUCAAGGAAGUCAGGGACUCAUUGCACGAGCUGUCUCCCAAGGGGUGGAAGGAGGAAAUCCUUGAGAAAAUCGACGUUGAAAUUCUGUCUCAGGUACUCGGGUCAGGUUCCCAGGACGCACAAUACUUGGGGCAGGUCUUGCAGUAUUCGCUGGGCAUGGUCCGCAGGCUCUCCGCUGUGGCGAAGGAGGACCAGAUGAAGAAAAGCCACGACAAGCUGCUGACCGAGUUGGCAGCUGCGAGCUCUGAAGCUGAUGCCGACGGCACCAGCUCGUUCGUCGUCGGUGCCGUCAAGGGCCUGCGUUUCGCCCUGGACGAAAUAAAGGAGCUGCAAGCAGAAGUGAGCAAGGCGCGUAUCCAGAUGGCGAUGCAACGGAUCAUACAAGGUUCUACUGGCGUGGACUACCUGCAGAACGCUUUCGGCGAUCGCUACGGGCCUCCUGCCAGUGCAGGAGCUUCCCUCCCUCUGACCGUGCGAUGGAUUUCGACGUCGAAGAACGUCGCCCGACAAGAGUGGAGGGAACAUUUAGGCUCUCUUUCAGUUUCAGUUGUGCCAUCAGCAGCCCUCGUUCCGGUACUCCGAGCUGGCCAUGGGGCUGCGGUGCGCCAACCGUCGUCUUCUUCGCCUGCAGCUGCAGGAGGCGUUUCUGGGCAGCCAGAGUGCAAGGGUGACAAGCUUGACAAGCUGAUAAGGAUUGGCCUGUUCCAGCUUGUUAGCAGCGUAGAGGGCUUGCAAAUGCAGUCGACUCCUGAGAGCUUCCAGAUUAAUUUGAUGAGGUUGAGGGCCGUGCAGAGCCAGUUCCAACAAGUCAUCGUGAUAGCUACAAGCAUGCUCAUCCUGCGUCAGGUUCUGAUGGGCGAGAGCUCAAAGGCCACGGCUCAGGAACUGGAUAACGCCACCGCAGAGCUCUUCAAGGCUCUCGUGAAGAUGCUGGACGCCUCCCCUGACGCGGGCGCCGAAGAGAUAGUGGAGGCGAUGAUGAGCGCGUCGGCGGCGGUUGGCUCACCAUCGGAAGAGAAGAUCCAGGGCAGGAGGCAGACGACCGCCCGGGUGCUCCUCAAGAGCCUCCAGCCCGGCGACGUGGUCUUCAAGAUGGUCUCCAGGGCCGUCUUCUGCGCCUUCCGCGGCGUCGUCCUCGGCGGCAGCGGCCACAAGGGCCAGAAGCUGGCUGAAGCGGCGCUGCGCCGCGUCGGCGCGGCCAGGCUCGUCGAUAGGGUGGUGAAGGCGUCCGAGGUGCUGAUCAAGGUGGCCACGGUAUCAGGGAUGGUCCAUGGCCCGUGGCACAAAGCUCUUCUGUGA